UUGGCCAAAGCCGGGCUCAUCACCGCAUUCAUCAACACUAAUCAACGCUUGGAAGCGCUCACCCAUUCAAUCACUGUUGUCAACUGCAAGGCUGUGAUAUAUGAGCCACAAUUGGCCAAAUCGAUUCACGAAAUACUUCCAGCGGUGAAAGAGAAGAACCAAUCGAUGCGAUACUUCAGUUUCGGCGCUCAUGUGGUGCCCGAGGGUCGGGACAUACCGUCGCAGCCGUUACACGAGCUGUUGGACCAGUCGUCCGCAACCGAUCCCAUCACUCUAGCGAAGGGCAACUUCUCGGACAAACUGUACUACAUAUUCACGUCGGGCACCACUGGUCUGCCGAAGGCGGCCGUCAUCCGCAACCAUCGGUUUCAGUACAUGGGUGUCAUCAUUAGGUCGCUCUUCAAUUUCACCCACAAAGACAACAUGUACUUAACGCUACCCCUGUAUCACAAUAACGCCGGUACUAUGGGCUGCGCUCAGGCCGUCCUCUUUGGCAUAACCCUAACCCUAAGGGAUAAGUUUUCGGCCUCUAAUUUCUGGGACGACUGUAUUAAAUACAAUUGCACCGCAAAGCCUACGUUUGCGUCGUCCUGUACAUAA